CUCUUUGGAAGGUAACUACUAUGUAUUUUAACAGUGCAUGUUAUGUCAUCUUAUGAGCCUCAACCAUCCUGACUUCCUGAAUAAGUGGCCACCUCUUCUAGUGAUUAUCGAUUCGGGUAUGACCGUUGCCUUCCCACAGGCUGGUGCCUAGCCGCAGUCGAGUAUUGUGCAGUGCUGUGCAGUGCUGUGGAGUGCUGUGCAAUUGCAGUCAGUGCUGGUCAUCGUGUCUUAAUCCUCUCUAUCUAUAACGUACAACCUCCACCAUGGCCACACAAGACCAGCUCAUGAAACUGUGUUUCGUGACUGUAGGAGCAACAGCCUCAUUUAACCUACUCAUCCAAUCCAUCUUGGAACAAAGCUUUCUACGUGAACUGCGUGCACACGGUUACACCCACCUUCUAAUUCAGUAUGGUCAAGAUGGCAAACCUCUUUUCGACGAAUUCCUGCGCCAAUAUCCUCCCGGGAGUGAGGGCCACCACGGUCUUCUAAUUGACGGAUUCGACUUUAACCCUGAUGGCUUAAGCUAUGAGAUGCGCCUUGCUAAAGCCUGGUCCUCAGAAGGCCGAGUCGGUGGCUUGAUUAUCAGCCAUGCCGGAUCUGGCAGCAUUAUGGAUGCAUUAAGAUUAGGGGUGCCUCUUGUGGUAGUACCUAAUCCAACCCUCAAAGACAACCAUCAGCAGGAGCUUGCAGAUAUCCUCCAAGAGCAGGGUUAUCUUAUUGCAGGUCAGUAUUGGGAUCUCACGACAUCACUUGAUCGGGCAGAGCACUUGCGAGUCAAGAUGGCGCAUUGGCCGCCAAUCUCCAAGGAUCAACAAACCUCCCAACCAAGCCUGGAUCAAGUUAUGUGUGAUGAAUUGGGUUUCUUGGAUUGAGUGUUUGGUACGGAUUGGUGUUUUAUCUCAUUGCAAGGGCGAGAUUAUUGUCUAAAUGUCAAGGCGUUACCGGGAGUGUGUACUUUAUCAUAACAGAGACUCUUGUGCCAUGAUAUUCGAGACUGAGAGAG